CCGAAAGGAAUUCUAAAUUCACUAUGGAUAAAAGAAAAUUGAUAUUAAGAAACAGUUUACAUAAAGAUGUACAAUCAAGUAAUCAAUCGUUGGAGAGAAAUGACUCUAGCGAUAAACAAAUAGAUUCUUACGUGACCAAUGUUGCAACACAGGAAAGGAGUGAAUCUUUUUUUGAAGGCAGAUUGUCAGAUAGCAGGUCAACAACAUUAAAACUCUUAAAUAUUAGUUCCAAAGAAAAGAAUUUAUCUAUUAAAGGUAAAAAAAGAAAUUUUUGUGAUACUGAGAAUAUAUCAGAAACAGAUGAGUAUCCAGUUACCUCUAAAGUAUUGAGGACAUCGAAACAACUUAAUAGUCAAGCGUCGGCAAAUACAUCUUCUAGCCAAGAGAAUAUUCAUUUGCCAAGAAACCGUGUAAAGAUGACAAAUAAGACUUUGGACACUGCUAAUCCAUCUGUAGAAAAAUCAGUUACAUCGAGAAGUGGAAGUGUGAAUUAUUUAUCAGAAGAUUCAGCUUCAGAUAAUAAUUUUGACUUUUCAUACAAUGAUCGUAACAUUGCAAAGAAGAAACAGAAUAAAACUGCACUUAAUAGAAACACAAAGUGUAUUACUCCAGAUACUAAUAUCAGUCAUAGUUCUCCUAGAAAAAUAUAUCAAGAAUCAUCCACUAGUAGAACACUUAUAGAACCUCGUAUUUCUCAGAAAAAACAAGAUAAAGAAUUGCAACCAGCUUCAAAGUCAAAUAAGCAACAUCUUUCAAAAAAGCAAGUUUUUCAGGAACCAUCUAUUUUUUUUAAUUUUUUACAAAAAUGUGGUAUCAUAUUGUCAACUGACAUACAUACACUUGUUGUUCCUCCAUCCAUUGCCAAAUGGAAGAUGAGAAAAGUUUUAAAUUCAAAGCAAUACAAAAAAAAGGAUGUAAUUGAUUCGAUAGAGGAAUAUAUUAUACGUGAAGAAAAUUUUGUGAACAUGUUAAAUGAUAUGGAAAAAUCUACUGAUAAUAAUAGUUUCAGUGUUCUAAGCAAAACAACUCUUGCAAGAAUUCUGUUAGAAGUUCCAGAAAUUCAAGCAGAUGUAUAUAAUAUGUUCAUAUCUAAACUUAAUGAAUCUGUUCUUUUAGUAGAUACUCUAGAGGAGAUACCUUGGGCUGUAUUAUUAUUACAACAAUUUCGUUUUUUGGAUACUAUAACUGAUAUUGAUAUACUAACUACAAACAUACAACAGCUAUUAGAAACAUGUCCAUCGUGGUUUCAAUGUGAACUUAUUUUAUUUCUGCCUGAUAUUUUGUCAGAUGCUCAGCAUCAGAUUAUCGUUGAAGUUUUAACGAAAAUGUUGGAGGAAAAUUGCGAGUUGAUAAAUGCAAUUUUGAAUUGUGUUGCGAGUUUUAAUCUUGGCAAGGAGUAUUUGGAAGAAUAUCAAAUUAAAAUAUUACAUUUGUUAAAAACAAAUAUAAAACUAGAACUUAUACCAAUUAUUAUCAGAUUUCUUUUAAACGAUUGUGUAUGUUCUGAUAUUAUCAAACAAAUGUUGCUUAUAUUGCGUAAUGUAGAAAUGCAGCCUCUUGCUGGUGAUGAAGCUAAAAACUGUUACAAAAAUCAAGUACGAAUAGUUAAAACAUUAAAGAUGUGUAUGUUAUUAGCUAAAGACGUGACGGAUACUGCGAUAACAGUUAUAAAAAAUAUUAAUAAAAAUCCAAAACCAUUGGAUUUAAUUAUUUUGAUUUUAAUAUAUUCUGGGACAAUAAAGCAAAAAAAUGCAGAAGCCUUGUUGAAACAAAAUAUACGAUGUGGUUUUUACAGGAUAAGUCUGCUUCAUACGCUUUACAAUGAUUAUAAAGAGGUUGUUCGUGAAUUACAAACACCAAUAUUACAAUUAGCGAGUAAACUAUUAAAGUCUGAAGAACGUGUGUUUAUUAUUUUUGCAAUAGAAUGGUUCCGAUUACAGUUUCUCAGUCAAAAAGAAACAUCGUUUAAGCAACGUGAGAUUAUAAAAAAUAUCAUUCUUGUUAUGGGUAAUAAUGAUCAAACUGUGAAACAUGCACUGACUGUACUUUGCAAAAUGGCAGAGAAUGCAAUAGAAAGAGAUUGUUUAGUAUCACAUUGUCAUCAUUUGAGAAUUUUGUUAGAAAAAGUUGAUUGUUUUGGACUAGAAGAAGUUGGUACUUUGAAUGAUUUGUUGCAUGGAUUGUGUCUAACUGAUAAUUCCACUUUAGAAUCUUUACGAGAUGACUUGUUUAUAUUGUUGCAUAAACAAUUAUCUAUUGCGAAACCAGUUACAAAAUGUAAAGGUGUUAUGGGGGCAGUAAUGGCAAUAAAACAUUUAGCAGGAAAAGCUGAAACAUGCGACCAAGCUCUGAAGUUAUUUAAUAAGGUAAUGCAGAAUGUAAAGAGUUGUUAUAAAUCGCAGUCUUUGUUCUAUGACCAACUAACACAAAUAAUUGAACAAACCGAACAUAUCAAUAUUGUUUUCAUCGAAAAGAUAAAUAGCUACAUUGAAAAUGAAUUUGUUAAUACAUAUAUGACAGAUAAAGUACAAACCAGGGAAGUUCUAGUACCUAAAUUUGGACUAAAUAAUGCAGAAAAUGAGCAAUUUGCGCCCCAAAACUGCGUGUUAAAUUUUGGAAAUAAAAGAAAUGGUGGACCAAUUGCAUCAAUAUUAUUUCGACUUCUUAAGACGUGUUGUAUGAGACUUAGUGAGCAUGGAGAAUUAGAGGCUAUAGAUGCUCUUUUGGGAUGCGAAAUGUUAAUGCCAGAAAACUUUGAUAUACCAGAAUGUACAACAUUAGAUCUUAUUGUAUGUGGUAUUAAUUGGUUUAGAGAAAUAAUUUCAGGCUUUGUCACACAAACUGAUCCUUUACUGCGAGGACAAGUACUAAAACGUUUAGAUACUUUGAUAUAUUUGCAAAGUGAAUUGAAUAUGUUGCUACCAUUAUGUGACACUAAAUAUCAACCACCACCAUGUUAUUUUCAUUAUUUUCCAUUACCGCCGUUUGUAAAAAUUGAAAAGAAAAUUACUAAAAAAGGAAAGAAACCUACAAAAGAAAAGAAAAUAAACACUUCUGUGACGAUGGAGGAUGAAGAGGAGAUAGAUUCUACACUGUAUUCCAAAAAUCCAGCAUAUUUCAGAAAAUUUGACGCAAAGAUAGCCUGCCUUUUGGACAUUAAAAUAGACGUGCAGACAUCGCAAUCUGAAACACAAGGCAUAUCAAUAAAACAAGUAUGUUUUAUUGUAAAAGAACUUUUGACAAUAUUUGAAAGUGAACCUUCCGAGAGUUUUGUGAAAGAUUUAAUAUACUUAUUACCAAACAUCUGCUCAAAAUUGGACGAUGUUGUCAACAAAUUAAGACAAGAUGACAAUUAUAAUUUUCGAAAAGGUGCAAAAUUAUUAUUGCGCCUCCUCACCAGUAUUUUUAAUUGGAAAGGAUUUUCGAGUGUAACAUACAAUACAUUGUUACGCGAGGGAUUACGUAGUUUGGCUAAACAAGUCAAUGAGGAAAAUACUUCAUUGCGGUCUUGUAAGGAACUUGUUGCAGAAUCAUACAAAUAUUUUGAAUCGUUAAUGGAUAUUGCUACGGAAAUAGCAUUAGCUGCUGCUCUUGUCAAUAUGUGCCAAUCAUUAAUGAAACAUUCUGAGACUUAUAUCCAAGAGCAUAAGAGUAAACAUGCAAAAUUAGCAUAUGGAUUUCUUUGCUUGGAGUGGCCCGAAGACAAGCAUACUGGUUCUCAAUAUAGAUUAUUUGUUAUUCAGUUAUUAAAUAACUGGAUAGAUAAUGAACUGUCGCCAUUAGAUACAGUAACAUCAGUUUUAGAAUGGUUACCAGAUGAAGUCAGCAAUUUUGAAAAUAUUCAAAGCUCUUUAACAAGAAUACCUUCUGUGAAAAGAAAUAUUUUUCAUUUGUUAUAUAAAAAAUUAUUUGACGGUUUAAUUAAAGGUAUAAAUAUAUCGUUAUUAGCGGUCAACUCAGAUCCAAAAAGAAUAAAGAUAUGGCACAAUAUUACUUUAAAUGUUCAAAAACUUGCGCAAAUUUGUAAAACUUUGAAAACAAAGACUAUCAUACAACUAUUUUUGCGUUACAUGCCAAUGUUAAUAAAACAAUUUCUAAAUAUUGGUAUGCCAAUACUUGAAUAUAAUCUGAAAUAUCAAACAGACGAUGUAACUAGUAUUCUAAAAAUGAUGCAAAGUGGUACACGAUACUUACAUGCCAUAUGUUGCGACUGCACAGAAAAAAGGAAUUUACUAUUGUUUAAAUAUGUGCCUAUAGCGAAAUCUACAUUAGAGAAAUUAGUUUAUAGUGUCAAAGGAAUGUUGGUCCUUAACGAUAGUGCAACAGCAUUUUGGAUGGGAAAUCUUGUCAAUAAGAAUUUAGACGGCCAGGAAAUUUUUUCGCAGACGUCAUCAGAGGAAACUACUUUACCAGACAUGAAUAUAAAUUCAGAAGAAUUAACAAAUGCAUCAUCUGAAAUUUUGGACUCCGAUUUAGACGAAAAUUUAAUAGAAGAAAUAGAAGACGAAAAUGAUGAUGUUGAUGAAUCGUAAUCGUAUAAUGAGAAAGAAUAUAAGCUUCUGCGAUU